CGAGUAGAUACCCAGCGAAACAAGUGCGCCACGUCUUCUAUCGUGAAUCACCGGAUUGUUCCGCUAGGAUUCUCCGUCCAUUGCUAUGCGAAAAGCUACAAGGCUGCAGCAAAUACUCCUCAUUUGGUGGCCAGAAUAAAGAGCAUAGCGCUGCGGAUGGAGAUGUGGACGCAAUCUAAAGAGGGUUUUAGAUACAUGUCAGCAGGAAAAACCGAGCAGUCUUCCACCUUUGCUGGGACGUGGCUUACCGCUUGGACGUUGAGGUCGGACCUUGUUGUUCGUUGUUUUGAUGCAAAAGAAUUCCAGAAACAUCUAGUACCAAAGUGGGUAGACAGUUUUAAUAAGACCAUGGAGAAACUGAAGCAAGACAAAUUAGGACACUUCAAGCUUACUACAAAGGAAGAGACCAUGUGGAAUGAUUUAGCUGGUUUCUCAGAUGAAGAAAAGGCUCUACUGUAUAUGAAAAAGCAGGCGUAAACUUUCAGGGUAGUCGGUAGUUUUUCAAGGUGAGCAUUUAGGUAUAGUAUUAUCACUUCAUGGCGAGCAUGUGCUAAAA